UUGAUUUUUUGUCAAAAUAAAGUUUAAUUAUAAUCCGAUCUAAAAGUGUUAUGACAAAACUGUUUACAUUUUUUGUAUCUGUUCGUAUUAAGCAUUGUCUUCAAGUUGAUUGUAUUAAAAAAAAAGUUGUUAAAAAUUAAGCUCAGGGUCCUAUUUUUACUAUUUUAAAAUACAAGAUCCAUUUUGUCAUUUAACAAAACAUAGGGUCCAAUCUGUAACUUUUGUAAAAUACAGGGUCCAAAAUGGUAUUUACCUUUUUUUUUUGGGUAAGGAUCUCCCAUUUAAGUUUAGUUUUUUUUUUUCUUUAUUGGUAAGGAUCGCACAUUUAAGUUAGGUUGCCUGCUUUUACCAUUUCAAAACGCUCGAGAUUAUCUUACCGUACUUAAUUAAUUGCCGUCCCAUUACAAAAUCUUCCAUAUAUGUUAUGCCAAAACAUAAUAUAAAUAUGCAAAAUUGGAUAACGACCAAAUCCAUGGACAAAAACUAAAUAUAUUAGGACAUAUUAUUAUAUAAAAUCAAAGUAUCUUUUCAUUAAAAAAUAAAAUAAAGUCCAAAGUGAUAUACUACAUAUAUACAUUCACACAUGCUGGUCAAAUGACUCAAAUCCCACUCUCCUAGCUGCUACUCUAACCAAAAAAAAAAAAAGCUCAAAAUCAUAUGGAGCAAUUUGAACCAGCAACCGGGGGCAAUCAAUAUGAGAAAUCCUUUGUUCAACCAUCCAUGGAAAAGUUCGAUUUCAAGGAUGUUUACUUUAAGGAGGACGAAGAGAGCUUAUCGAACAAUUUGGUGAGCAAUGGGAGCGUGGAUUUCCGAGGGAGAAUUGCCUCAAAGAAAACCACUGGAGGAUGGAAAGCCUCUCCAUUUAUUAUAGUGAAUGAGGUAGCAGAGAGGUUAGCAUUUUUCGCGAUUGCAGUGAAUAUGGUGGCUUACUUGGUUUUCGAAAUGAAAAAAUCACUUCCGGACUCUGCUACUAUUGUCACUGAUUGGAUUGGAGCAGCUUAUGUCCUCACAAUAUUUGGUGCUUUUAUGGCCGACGCUUUCUUGGGCCGCUUCAGAACCAUCAUGGUCUUCUCUUGCAUUUACGCCCUGGGAAUGGUGCUGUUGACAUUAUCAGCAUCAUUGGAUAGUCUACGUCCACCACCGUGCGCGGUGCGGCCAUGCACACAGGCAACAUCGAGCCAGAAUAACUUCUUGUACGCCGCACUAGCACUGAUAGCCCUCGGUACUGGGGGAAUCAAGCCCUGUGUCUCGACGUUUGGGGCUGACCAAUUUGAUGAGGCGGAUAGCGAAGAAGUUCAGAAGAAAUACGCCUUCUUUAAUUGGUUUUUCUUUUCGAUCAAUAUGGGAGCACUCUUAGCUAUUACAGUUCUUGUUUACAUACAAGACAGGUUUGGCUGGAUUUGGGGAUUUGGAAUUCCAACUGUGACUGUUUUCUGCUCAAUUAUCAUCAUGCUUGUUGGGCUUAGAUUUUAUCGAUAUCAAAAGCCCAUGGGAAGCCCAUUUACUCGGUUUCUCCAAGUCCUUGUGGCUGCUUUCAGGAACCAUUAUAGAGGAAUAGAAGUGGGCCGUACCACUGAGCUGUAUGAGGUUGAGACUAUGGAAUCUGAUAUAAAGGGUGCCCGAAAACUAAGUCAUACCACACAGUACAGGUUUCUGGACAAGGCAGCCAUAGUUGUAAGAGAUGAAGAUAAUAGUGACGUAAUAAUAAAAAACCGAUGGAAGAUGGUGACAGUAACACAAGUAGAAGAGAUGAAAUGCUUUGUGAGAAUACUUCCCAUAUGGUUAGCAACCAUAGCACUCUCAAUCUCAUUCGCACAAUUCUCAACUUUCUUUAUCAGCCAGGCUACAAUCAUGGACCGCAAUCUUGGUCCAAACUUCAAGAUUCCAGCAGGCUCAGUCCCAGUCUUCAGUGCCAUCAAUGCCCUAAUUCUGGUUCCUAUGUACGAGAAAUUCAUAAUCCCAGUUCUUCGGAACCGAACCGGUCAUCGUCGUGGCAUAACAUCUCUACAGCGAAUGGGAGUCGGCCUAUCAUUCUCAGUCAUCGCCUUGGCCUCAGCAGCAAUCAUUGAACAUAAGCGCCGAACCGAAACCAAUAAUGUUUUUAGUGUCUUUUGGUUGUUUCCUCAGUUCUUCUUAAUGGGAACUGCCGAGGUUUUCACCUACGUAGGACAACUUGAGUUUUUCUACGACGAAGCAACUGAUGGUACGAGGAGUAUUAGCAGUGCAAUUUUCUUGAGUGAGAUUGGGUUGGGAAGUUGGCUUAGUACGGCCCUUGUUAAGAUCAUUAACCGAGCCACUGGUGGUGAAGACAAGGGUUGGCUUAGAAAUAAUCUUAAUAUGAGUAAGCUUGACUAUUUUUAUUGGGUUUUGACUGCUAUUAACUUAGUUAAUUUCUUCGUCUUUGUUUUUGUGGCUCGGCGUUACAAAGGUAGGGAUGGAUAUAGUGGGUUGAAUAGUAAUGUGAUGAGAAAUGAGGAUAGUAGUUGUGAGGCUAUUGGUAGGGUUGGAGAUUCGACUUUGAUUGAAUUGGCUGGACAACCCAGUAAAAAAUAGCUACUAUAUUAUUAUUAUUAUUAUUUUUAUUUUUGGGGGGCUGGGGGACAUGAAAAUCUCAUCAUCAUUUUAUUAUAUCUUGUGUUGCAAUAUUUGUAAUACACCUUUUCUAUUAUGCAUAAUUUCUUUAAUGAAUGUAUGCGAUUUGCAAUUUGGCG